AUGGGGCAGUGCCGUGUUAAACCCCACUGCCCUGCAGCCCUGGGAGCCUUUCCCCAGCUGCCCGCUGCCGGGGGCCGCUCCCCGGUGCCAUCGCAGCCCUCGCCCAUCGCCCUGCCCGGUCCGUGCCGGCAGCGGGGUCCCGCCUGCCACCCCCCGGUGUCGGGCAGCCCCCCGGGGGCGAGCGGGGUGAUGCCCUUACCUGCGGCCCCGGCGGUGGCCCGGGUGCGGGUCCCGGUGGGAUGCUCUGAGUGGGGCCAGGGGCGGGCUGCGGAGGAGCCGCCGCUCGGGGGAGGGGGCAGAGCGGCCCCUAUAUCCGCCCCGCCCGGCGGCAGCCCCAGAACCCGCGGGGCCCGGCCCGAGCGCGACCCCCGCAGCCGGAGGGAGCCCCGCGCCGGCCGGAGCUCCCCGGGAGCCGCAGCCGGCCGGACCCCGAGCCCCGCCGGCACCGAGCGGGAGCCGUGCCCGGCCGCUCCGGCCAUGGGCGGCGGGCGGGCGCUGUGCCCGCUGCUGGCCACAGCCCCGCUGGCCACUGCCCUGCUGGCCACUGCCCUGCUGGCCGCACACGCCUUCCCCCAGACCAACAUCAAGAUCAGCCAAGCCAUACCUGAGCCUGUCCACGCCUACUCCUGCCCACUCUUCUGGACGGAAUACGAAGGCCACUGCUACCGGUACUUCCCCAUCAAUAAAACCUGGGCUGAAGCCGACCUCUACUGUGCCGAGUUCUCCAUCGGCAUCAGAUCAGCCAAGCUGGCCUCCAUCCACAGCUGGGAAGAAAACGUCUUUGUGUACGACCUGGUGAACAGCCGCGUGCCCGGCAUCCCCACCGACAUCUGGACAGGACUCAACGACCUACGGCAGGAGGGUCACUUUGAGUGGACAGAUGGCUCCUCCUUCGACUACCACUACUGGGAUGGCAGCCAGCCUGACGAUGGGAUCCACUCCAUCCCGGAGGAGGAGGACUGCGUGCAGAUCUGGUACAGACACAGCAGUGCACUGCGCUCCUGGAAUGACAACGCCUGUGGCAGAUCCUUCCCCUUCGUCUGCAAGAUCCCCUCCCUGGCCCUGGACUGAGGCUGCUGGGGCUGCCCACACCCCCCUUCAUUCCGGGUCACCUCUCCAGCUGUGCCAGGAGGAGCAGUCAGGACAUGGCCUGGGCUGGGAGAGCCGUGGAGCUGCUUGGAUCCCCGGCCCGUCCCCGGCUGCAGAAUCCCUCCUGCGAGUAUUCAUGGGGAUGAACCUGGCACUGAGCAGUGACAGGAGCUACAUUCAACAGCAAAGGAGUCCCCAAGCCCGAGUCUGGCUCUGGAUUUCACAUCAACUAUCACAGCGUGUUAGAGGAAGCCAAUACACCAAGCUGUUAGCACCCAGUAGUAGCCAUGUGUAGGAAAUGCUUUUGCCUGUUGAUCUGUGAAGAGUGGAGGAAAAGUGUUAUUUCCUGUUAAGUUAUGCAAAAUGCCUCUUGUCCAUGUUAUUUUUCUCUCUGCUAAAAUAAACGGCAA